GAUGACGAAGACGAAGUAUACGAUUAACUCGUAAGGAGUGUGGGUCUCUCAUGCAGCGAAAGUGCAGGUAUAUAUUGCAGGUGAUAGUCUCAAUGCAGUCUCAGUGUAAAAUCCCGCAGACUAGCAUGAGCAUCCCACAGAGAGUCGUCUUAUUGGUGCUGUUAGCUACAGCGGUGGUGGCCACUGAAGUAAAAAAGGUCGAUGACCUCAAAAAUAAAAGAGGUUUGGAUCAUGGACUAGGUGAUUUGGGUGGUCUUGGUGACAUUGGCGGUCACGGUGACAUUGGACUUGGUGGUUUAGGCGUUGGAGGUGGAAUUGGAAUUGGAGGAGGAAUUGGAGGUGGAAUUGGAGGAGGAAUUGGAGGAGGAAUUGGCGGUGGUGAUGGUGGACGUAUUUCAGGAAUUACAAUUCAUCGUGAAGUUCCUGUACCAGUACCAGCACCAUAUACAGUAGAACGACAAAUUCCUGUACCCUAUCCAGUUCAUGUUAAAGUACCUGUCGAUAAUCCAGUACCAUAUCAUGUACCAAAACCAUAUGCCGUUCAUGUUGAGAAAAAAGUACCCGUCAAAGUACCCGUCAAAAUACCAGUUCAUAUUGAAAAAGAAAUUCCCGUACCCGUCAAAGUUCCCUAUAUUGUCAAGGAAUCGUAUCCAGUUUAUGUGAAAGCUCACGAUCAUCAUCAUGAAUUAAAUAGUGGAUUGGGUGGAUUAGGUGGUUUGUCAAGCUGGGGUGGUCAUCAUGAUUUGGGACAUCUUCAUCUUGAUGAUUUACAUCAUUGAAUACCCUUGCCAGGGACGUGCGCAUUAUUCAUUAAUUAUUAUUUGUAAAUAAUGACAAAAAAAAAAAAAAAGAACGAAACAUUUGUACCAUUUGAAUGUAUAAAGAAUAUUUACGUUUACGUAUAUAAAUAAGCUGUGCGUAUAAAUUGUCAGACUGUAUGCUGUAUAAGUAAAUUAUUAAUAUUACUUUUUUUUUUGACGAGAUUUUUUUUUUUCUAAUAAAGUUGCAGUCCUUGUCCUUUUUUUCGAUUA